CUCUGAGCACCCUGUGCCAGGGCCUCAGCACCCUGACAGAAAAUAAUUUCUACCUGACAUUUAAUCUAAACCUACCUCAGUGGCAGUUUGAAGACAUUGCCCCUUGCUCUCUCACUACAGUUCCUGAUGAAGAGUCCCAAAAUGACCCAGCCUUUCUUAUUACCUUGUGUUAUCCUAGUGCCCAGACACAAAAACCAAGGAAGAAAAGGAAAGAAGUUUCAUUAGAGAGAAGUAAAUAUGCCUCAGUUAUUCCACUGUAGCUUUAGAUUCUCUCUUUUACAUGACUCUGAAAAAUUUCUAGAUAGGAAUAGCAUUAAACCUAAUAAAAUUAAUUUCCUUAAAAGGGUAGGAGAAAUUAAGGAGGUUCUGAUUUUUUGCAGAAUAGAAAAGACUUUUUUUAAUCCUUUUGUGAUUCAGUUACAUCGUUGCCAAUUUGUGUCCUUUAAAAAAUGCACCUGUUGUAAAAAAACAAGAUCUUGCUAAAAAAUUAAGGUGAGUGAUGUGUUAGGUAUACUUAAAUACCUUAAAACCUAGAAAGGAAAAAAAAAAUGAAGUGAAAUCACUGGUUUACCAUAAUGUAAAACUAAAAUCCACAUACAAGCUCCUGAAGUUACUCUAUCAAGACUCAUUAAAAAAAGCUCUGAUGCAGUGAAGGGUGGUUUGUUUUUUUUUUGAGAGCUAGUAGGUUUUCUAUGGCAUGUGUUGAAACAUGAGGGGAAGCUGCUACAGUGCAUGUCAUACUUCUUAAUGGCUCACUUGGAAAACAUGUUCCUUUCCCGCACGUGGGAGUGAAAUGCAAAGUGCUGGAGUUCCAGGUAGAGAUGGAUCUCAAGUGAAAUGCACUGAGGCCUAUGGGAAUUUCUGUUUGCAGCACUUUGUCUCAUGAUAGGCAUCUGCAAUUCAAUAGAAUGUUAAUGGCACAAGCAAAAAGCUGUCUUUACAGUAUUUAACUUGCUCAUGACCACCACUGCACUCCCCUUUUGAGACUUACCACAUGUAUGUGUAUGUAUGUUGUAGGAUUCCUUUUCUCUUAGAAUAAUUAUACUAUUAAGGCUGCUGUAAUUGGAUUGAAUUAUAGGUUGCCUUACAAAGAGCAGGGAGUUCCUGGUACAUACUUGCUCUUUUUUUUUUUCUUUAUUUUUUCAUCCCUGAAGUCAGUGCUGCUUGCUGUAAGUGCUUUGUGCUGGGAAUUUAUGGAUUUGAAAUUAAGCAGGAAGAGCAAAGUGAAUUUCAUUACAUUUCAUGCUUAACUUUAAAGAUUAAUACGUGUUAGCACUAAGAAUUUAGGCAUAAAACUUCAAAACUGAGUUCCAAAUGAGACAUUCCGAGGUGUUCAGGAAUAUUUAAUCCACCUAAGGAAAUGAUUCUCGAAUAUAUACAUGCAAUCUGUCGAACCACAUCAUGUGAGGGGAAAAUAUCCAUCCCGUUUGUAAUGUUGGCACGUGCCACAAGAAAGUGUAAGUAGCAGAAUUCAUCCUUGGAAUAUUAUUGCUCUGCAGAAAAAAUAUGCAAAUUGCCCUUUAAUCAUUGUACUAGAACACAGUGCUUGAUGCUGCUGAGAUCUUUCAGGUGGGACCCAUAGCACACUUUGUGCACACGUUUUUAUGAGGGCUCCUGGAUGUGUGGGAGUAAUUUGCUGCUCUGUCAUCAAGACUUGUUUGGCUUGCUGGAGAUGUAGGCGUAGCCCCAGACUCAGUGAAAUCGAGCAAUCCUUCCUCCAGUGCUGCAAAAGCACGAUGAUGGAGAGAGAAACACGGGUCCAGCCUUUUUAAUUCUCUUUAACUAUAAAAGCUUUCAAUUAUACAUCCGAGGUGCUGCGUUUUACCCCUCCAGUUCCUAAGCAACAGCUAUUUUCAGAUUGAGUGUGUCUGGUGUUGUUCUACCUACUCCAGGCUCCUUCCUGCGAGGUGGCUGGUGGCUGCUUGCUGCCUCAGCCUCUUGCUGUGGCACUGCAAGGAACAGAUGCUUUAGAGGAGCAGCAGGAGCUGGGCUCUGACCACUCUCCACCUCACAGCUCACACAAACUUGAGUGCUUCGGGGAGCUCUGCCGUUCUACAAUGAAGAGCAGGAGUGAGAAUUAAGGCUCUUGCCGCUGGUUUGGGACAAGAAGCCUUUUUGUCAAGUCUGGCAAAGCCUCUAGAGCAGAUUCAGGAGGAUGAGCCGGAAAUCCCUGUACUUGCUGAAGCGCAGGUGGGAGUCCAUUCCCGCUGCUGACCAGUCUUCUGGCACCAGCAUCACGGUGGACAUCGCUGUCAUGGGAGAAGCACACGGGCUCAUCACAGACCUCCUGGCCGAUCCUUCACUGCCCCCCAACGUCUGCACGUCACUGAGAACAGUGAGCAACCUGCUCAACACACAGCUGACCUUCCAGGCCAUCCACAAGCCAAGGGUGAAUCCCUUGAUGUCCUUCAGCGAGAACUACACCUGCUCUGACUCGGAGGAGUGUCCAGAGAAAGGAGAAAAACUUGCAAUUCCCAAGCGCUUACGGAGAAGUUUGCCUCCAGGACUGCUGAGACGAGUAUCCUCAACCUGGACCACAACCACGUCAGCCACAGGAUUGCCCACUCUGGAGCCAGCUCCAGUGAGAAGGGACCGCAGUGCCAGCAUCAAACCUCACGAGUCUUCUUCAUCCAGCUCUGACUCUUGGAACAGCUCCAUUCUGAUGACAAUCACCAAGAGCAGGUCCUUCUCCACCUCCUACGCCGUGUCCUCUACCAACCACCUGAAUGCCAAACGGCAGAGCCGGCAAGGUAUCCCACCAAAUAUUUCACCUCUCACCUCCCCGUGCCAUUCACCGAUUCAGGGGACGCCUGCCACAAGUCCUACUGGAAAAACAUCUUCUGUGUCAUUUCCAGAGCCUACAGACACUGACACAAAGCAGGGCCUAAAGCCACACAAAGUCUUAACUUCUACUCAGAGUGCACCUAGCCUGUCAGACCCUAUCAUCAGCCCCUCCGUCAUCUGCAGCAGCUGUGGCAGACCCUACAACCAAAUAGAAGCUGGCAAUGGGACACUAAAUAGAAAUGAUGCUACUACACACACCCUGAACAGAACAGAUGAUCCUGCUCAAGCCACUUCUGACUACGAGACCAACAACAGCGACAGCAGUGACAUCGUGCAGAACGAUGACGACACGGAUUGCUCCAAGGAGCAGCCACGGAAGGGAUCUGGCUGUAGGUCCUACACACCUGAGACCAUCAUCCUGCAUCCCUUGACACCGCCUGAGGACAAGCCUGUACUGGCUCCUGAGCCUCUGGUUAUGGACAACUUGGAUCCCCUGAUGGAGCAGCUAAAUAGCUGGAACUUCCCAAUCUUUGAUUUGGUGGAAAAAAUUGGGAAGAAAUGUGGUCGGAUUCUCAGUCAGGUAUCAUACAGGCUUUUUGAUGACAUGGGGCUGUUUGAAACCUUUAAAAUACCAGUGAGGGAAUUUAUGAACUACUUUCAUGCCUUGGAGUGUGGAUACCGAGAGAUACCUUAUCACAACCGAAUCCAUGCCACUGAUGUUCUACACGCCGUGUGGUACCUCACAACCCAGCCCAUCCCUGGACUCCCAACUGUGAUCAAUGACCACGGCUCAGCAAGUGACUCAGAUUCUGACAGUGGAAUCACUCAUGGCCAUAUGGGAUAUGUCUUUUCAAAGACAUACACACCUACAGAUGACAGCUACGGAUGCCUGGCUGGCAACAUCCCUGCCCUGGAGCUGAUGGCUCUUUAUGUAGCUGCAGCCAUGCAUGAUUAUGAUCACCCAGGAAGGACCAAUGCCUUCUUGGUAGCAACGAGUGCUCCUCAGGCGGUGCUGUACAACGACCGCUCCGUGCUGGAGAACCACCAUGCUGCUGCUGCCUGGAACCUCUUCAUGUCCAGGCCAGAGUACAACUUCCUGGUCAACCUGGACCACGUGGAGUUCAAGCAUUUCCGCUUCCUCGUCAUCGAGGCCAUUCUGGCUACUGACCUGAAGAAGCACUUUGAUUUCGUUGCCAAGUUCAACGCCAAGGUGAACGAUGAUGUUGGAAUUGACUGGACCAACGAGAACGACCGCUUGCUGGUUUGUCAGAUGUGCAUCAAACUGGCCGACAUCAACGGGCCUGCCAAAUGCAAGGACUUGCACCUGCAGUGGACAGAAGGCAUCGUCAAUGAGUUUUAUGAACAGGGUGAUGAAGAGGCCAGCCUGGGCCUGCCCAUCAGCCCUUUCAUGGACCGCUCUGCUCCCCAGCUGGCACACCUCCAGGAAUCCUUCAUCACUCACAUCGUGGGACCACUCUGUAACUCCUAUGAUUCAGCAGGGCUGAUGCCAGGAAAAUGGAUAGAAGAGAGUGACGAGUCAGGAGACACUGAUGAGCAAGAAGAGGAGGAAACAGCAGAAAUGGAAACUUGUGAAAAUGCCGAAUCCAGAAAGAAGAAGUUCAAGAGGAGGAAAAUCUACUGCCAGAUCACUCAGCACCUGCUUCAGAACCACAAGAUGUGGCAGAAAGUGAUUGAGGAUGAGGAGAGGUUAGCCGGGUCAGAGAAGCAAGGUACAGAGCAAUCCCCACUGCACCAAUCUUCAGAACAAAUCCAGGCCAUCAGGGAGGAGGAGGAGGAGAAAGGGAAGUCCAAGAAGGAUGAAGAGGAGAACACAACUGUAGAACCAAACCAAUGACAAUAUUUACAGCAGUAUUUUAAGACAGAUUGACUCGUGCACAGACUCUUUCUCAAGCCAGCACAGCAUUUAGACACAACACUGUAGAAGUAUGGGAUAAUGCACCUACAGCUGUUUAAUUUGUUUCUCUUUCCUUUUUAUGGUGAGGUACAUUGUUUAAACUCCUAUGCUCAAGGAAGCUUUCACACUGCAACACCGGCUUUACAGACUUUCUUUGAAGAGAUUUGGGGGUGGGUGGAAUUAUAUAAAUAUAUAUAUAUAUAUAGCCAGGGUUAUUGGCUGCACACUUCAGCAAAAUACAUUUAAUGAUAUAUUAUGGUCACUGUGAUAUUUACAGGAGAAAGUUAUCUGAGCAAAUGCUGCUUCUGAAGCACAUUUGCAGUUAACAGUAAGGUACCAGUUAAGUAGCUUUUUGCUCUUAAUGCUGAGGGAUAAAAGUUCCAAAGCUUUAUAUGAAUGCUGAUAUAUCCUGCCAACACAUAUGUGUGAGUGAGGGGGUGUUUGCAAGUGUGAGUGGAUGUGAUGAAAUACAGCAUGGUCUGAGUUCUUACCACACUAGCUGUAGCACACGUCCCAGCACACCACAACAAACAGAAGGCCAGAAUUGUAAAGAAUUCGUGCCUGCAAGGGAACAAUUUUGGGGAGCUUUGCUUUCCCAUAGCCCUCCACUCCCAGUUGCACUCCAGCUGCGGGCAGCCUCCAUCCAGCAGCAGCCCAGGCGCUGCUCUGUUCCCUACCCAGCUGUGCUGGCAUCACCUCUUCCUCCUCCUCCUCGGCAGCCCCUGGACUGCUGGCAAAGGGGAUGUGCCAGGAGGGCUGUUUGCAAAGGGGGAAUGCAUGGCACAGCAAUCCGUGCCCCUGGAGGAGGCUGGCCCUGCCUGUACCUGUGCAAGGUGAGCGGCGGUGCAGGGCCGCGCGUGCGUUUGGGCAGGAGAACGUGGGGGCACACCGUCCUCUUCUGCCCUCACCCCUGCCUCUGGGUGGCCAAAUGUGUCAUUUGAGUACAAAGCUAAACUGCUGGGAGACAAAGGAAAGGAGUGUGAGGGCCAGGGCAUUCCCCAGAAGAAGGCAAAGGAUGCCUCAGGAGCUGCAGGGGACAGUCCUGCGUGGGCUGGGCACUCGGUGUCCCAGGAUCUGCUCACCUGGCUUUUCAGUGUGAGGUGCUGCAUGGGAGCAGUUUGUUGCUGGCAUUCUGCUUAGGAGCAGCAUGUUUGAUCCCACCCAUAUAUUUUUCCUUCUUUCUUCUUUUUUUUAUUUUUUUUAACCGAAAGAAAAAGAUCGGGCUUGUAAGAACAGCAGAUCUUUUUUGUUGUUGUUCUGUUCAUUUGUUUUCUCUGUUGUUUAUGCUGUGAGCCAAAUGUCUAUUUAAAAGGUUGGAUAUUCACUUUCAAUAUUUUAUUUCACAAUAUAUUUGUCAAUUAUUAGCAAUCUAGAUGUAAAUAUGGAAAAAUUUUUAUGGGUUCCUGUAGAUAAUGAUAUC